AUGUAUACGAAGAACGGCUUCUCCUUGCUGGCUGCUUCUUUGCUGCUCUUUCAGGGCUUUCCAGUCAGCGCUGAUAACAUCGCAGAGAUACAAGACCGUGAUGAUUAUGCUCAGAUCCAAGACCAAGGUGAUGUGCCCUACAUCAAAGAGCGUGAUGAAAUUGUCCAAAUCCAAGAGCGCUCCAACCUCGAACAGCGUCACGAUGCCGCUUUGAUGAGCUCCUUGGUUGCGGCUGCCACUUCAAAGCCAGAGUCUGGUGGAUCCUCUGGAGGAGGCUUUGCUGACAAAGAUGUCUCUGGUGGUAAUGGCGGAAUCACUCCUUGCCAAAGCGCUGGAUCUGGAUCUGGAACUUCCAGCUCACCUGGUGGUGGUGGUGGUGCUCCUAGAUCCGGUUCUAGCGGUACUACUCCUGGUGGCAGUAGUUCUGGACCUGGUGGGGUAUCCCCCGGUGGUAACAGCCCUGGCUCUGGUGGCAGCGGUCCAGGUACAGGUCCAGGUUUAGGAGUCCCUGGAAGCGAAAGGCCGGCCUCUGGAGGAGGAUCCUCUGGUGGUGCCAGCACUGUGUCUAGGAGUAGUCCCAGCUCUACCAGUACUCCCAGAUUUGUUGGUAUUGGUCCAGGGGCUGGGAGCCACGGAGGUACGAGCCCUGGUUCUGGCGGCACGGGCCCUGGGGGAAGAAGUUCUGGUGGAAGCUUUGGAUCUGGCGGUAGUCCAGGUAUCACCGCCCCAGCAUCAGUCUCAACUCCUGCGAGCAGCAGCAUUGCCUUGGUCUGUCCACUAGCAAGCGCUCUCCGUCGUCUCCCCGGCCCGCAUCGUCCCGAGCUCCAGCGUCGCAGCCUUGAGGCCAAGCGCCGUCGUCCCGAGCGUCGGAAUCUCGAGAUCAAGCCCCGUCGUCUCAAGGUCAAGCCCAGCAGCCUUGAGGCCAAGCCCCUUCAUCCCGAGCGUCGGAAUAUCGAGAUCAAGCCCCGUCGUCUCAAGAUUAACUCCCGCAGCCAGCAGUAG